CACCUAUUUGAUCAUCUCUGCGCCCCCCGCUGAUCCACCUAGUUGAUCAUCGCUCUGCACCCUCGACAACCAUGGCGUCGAGUCACGGUGCCGCUCAACCUGUGGCGGCCGAAGAGGAAGCUUUGGCAGGGAGCGGUGCGGCAGAUGACGGCGAGCUGUUGGAUCUGGAGGAGGAGACGGUCGGGAUGGACGCAGAGGGCGAGCCUGACGGCGCAGAGUGUGCCACACUGGAGAUCCACCUCGGCGAAGCGGGCGACGACGCAUGCGAUGUGGAUCUCGCAGCUGGCGACAACGUCGGCGAAGUCGGCGACGGCGGCGACGGCGUAGACGACAGGGACGGCGACGACGGCGAGGUUCACAAGGCUAAGAGGGCGAGACCCGAUCCGUCGGGCCUGGCAGAAACAUCUCAGCCAGCGAACGGCUGCGAUGGCUCUGGCAAGGAGGAGCCUGCUAUGCCUGCCGAUCCAACGGCCGUGGCUCUAAACCCCGCAGACUGCACCAUCGAUCUCACCAUCUCGCAUCGCGGUCUGCUGGGCGCGGGCCUGUCGCACGGCGGCUUCGCGUACAUCUGGUCGGGCGCGCGCGCCAACUACGGCAUCGCCCUGCAGCCGCCGCCUACCGCCGCCGCAGCAGCCUCGGGGGCAACGGACGCCGCUGCGCGCGCCGUGGAGGGGCAGAGCGCAGGGGAGGGGGUAGCAGCAGCGCAAGGGGAGGUUGGAGUGUCAGCGCAAGGGGAGGGGGGAGAAGCAGCGGAAGGGGAGGGGGGAGAAGCAGCGGAAGGAACGGGGACAGCUGCGGCGGGAGCGGAGAGUGCGGAUACCGGCGGCGGUGGCGGCGGCGGCGGUGGCGGCGGGCGGUACUGUUUCGCGUGCGUGGUGGAGGAGGAGCAGGCGCUAGACGCGCAGGCGCUGCGGGGCGCGGCAGCAGCAGGAGGGGCAGUAGCGGCGGGAGGAAAGGCGCAAGGGGGCACAGGCGGGGAAGCGGUGGCGGGGAUUCCGGAGGACGAGAGGUAUCUGUGCCGGAUAGGCGUGUCCACGUUGGAUACUGACGUGGGGUCGCUGGGAGAGACACGUGGCAGCUUUGCAUACGGCAGCACUGGGAAGAAGUCCACGGGGGGCGCGGUCUCCCCCUACGGGCGCCCCUUUACCCGCGGCGACGUGGUGCUGUGCGCCGUGGACCUGCCCGCGCGCUCCCUCGCCUUCUCCCUCAACGGCGCCUGGCUGGGCGCUGCCUUCCGCCUCCCGCCUCUGGGGGGUGCUGCUGCGCUGGCGGAAGGGGAGGGGGAAGGGGAGGAGAAUGGGGGAGGGGAAGGGGAGGGCAGAAGGGCGGAGGAAUUGAAGAUGGAGAGUGUUGGCGCGCGGGAGGGGGACGAGGGAGUGGGGGCUGCUGCGGGGGAAGGGGGAGGGGCGAUGGUAGUUGAGGGGAAAGGGGAGGCGGAGGGGGGUAAAGCAGGGGAGGGUGGUGUGGCGGAGAAGGUUGAAGAGGCGGAGGGUGGUGGGGGAGGGGCGCCAAGGGAAGGUGGGGGGGAGGGGGGAGAGAUGGAGGGGGGAGGUGGUGGUGACGAGGAAGGGAAGGAAGGAACGCGUAAAGGGGAUGAGACAGUGGGAAAUGAGGGUGAGGGGAAGGAGGAGGGCAAGGAGGGAGGGGAGGAGAGCAAGGAGGGAGGGGAGGAGGUUAAGGAAGCAGGCGAGGAGGGAAAGAAAGGAGAGGAGGGCAGGGAGGGGACGAGGGAGGGAGGUUGUGUGGGAGAGGCGGAGAAGGGCAAGAGCGCAGCAAUGGAGGUGGAUGGCACAGGGCAGGGCAGUGAGGCCGCAGGGGAUGGCGCAGUGGGUGGUGUGGACGCACAUGCGUGGAUAAGAGCGGCCCUCUUCCCCCAUGUGCUCGUGAAGAAUGUCAAGGUGCGCCUGCAGUUCUCACCCGCCGACGGCCUCUCCCCCCCACCGGGCUACCUGCCCUGGUCGGACGCGCCCCUCCUCCCCGCGCCCUGCGCCGCCGCUGCUGUUUGCACGCCCCCCACGGACGCCGCACAGACCAGUGCGGUGGGGGAGGCGAAGCAGGAGGCGAGG